CCAUAUGGACCUACAAAGCGGCUUGCAGCUGGGUGCUAUGAUUAAAUGUAGCACAGGGCGUAUGCUCUCCUACUUAGGGUACGGUUGUUAUUGUGGACUCGGAGGGAAAGGCUGGCCACGGGACCGCACAGAUUGGUGCUGCUUUAAUCAUGACUGCUGUUAUAGGAAAGCGGAGUCUGUUGGUUGUCGUCCCAAGUCUCAUACCUACAACUGGUAUUGCAACAAAGCCAAAGAAACACCGAGAUGUAGGGUACGCAAUAACAGAUGUCAAGAGAAGAAUUGUGAAUGUGAUGUGACGUUCUCAAAUUGCUUAAAGAGGGCGAAUUACCAGAUGAGAUAUGCGUUCUGGCCCAAUUUCCUUUGUGGCAAUUCAGAGCCAAAGUGUUAAGGCCUUGGGAGAGAAAAAUCGAUGCCUAUUGUGAAUUGUUAAUUAUGUCUGAGCAUGAAACUAGCUUUGAUUUAACUCAGUAUAAGGAGUCAGCAACAAAAGCUUUUCACUGUACCUCGGUACACAUGACAAUAAACGGAAAUAAAACCAAAAAA